CCUCCGCCAGGUCUACCCACCGAUCCAGCAUACUAUACGUGGUCUAUACAAAGACACCUGACAGCUAUCGACCUUUCUUUGAUGAUCUUAGCUUUGAUCACGGUUCUCGGUCGAGUGUAUAUCAGAGUUUUCGUUCUUCAUGUAUUUAGGCUGGAUGACUACCUCAUCGUUGCUGCCAUGGUGUGCAGCAUUCUCAGCUGUUGUUUUUUCCUUCACGUGGUUCAGCUCGGUAUGGGAAAACACAUAUUUGCGAUAUCUCCGGAGAACAUUAUGCCACUGCUCAUGUGGAUCUUCAUCGUUGCAAUUCUCAUUCCGUCGGCUAUUUGCUUUGUGAAGCUAUCCAUCGUCUUCUUUUUGCUACCGCUCACACAACGUGGUACCCCCUAUCGUCGAUUUCAUUGGGGGAUUAUUGUGUUUUUAAUUGUCUUCAUGCUAUUUACAUUAUUUUCCCUCGUCUUUGGUUGCGUUCCAAUAGCAGCGAACUGGAAUUUUGCUCUGCGCCGCCCACCGAUGGGAACUGGACAUGCAAGGUGCUUGUCACUUACAACAUACCGAAAUAUUGCACUCUUCAAUAGCAUUACAAACAUACUCACGGACAUCAUUCUUGCGCUCAUGCCUAUACCUUUGAUAUGGACGUUGCAGGUUAAUAAGCGGACAAAAGCUUCUCUCAUCUUCAUAUUAAGCUUAGGGUUCUUUGCAUGUGCCGCUGGAAUCAUUAAGACCCCUCUUCUCUACCACUUCUUCGAUGACUUUGAUUCAACUGGCAAUCGGUCAUGGUAUUAUGCUUGGCAAAUAAUUGAAAUGAACGUCGGGAUCAUCGCCGCCACCUUACCCUCUCUCAAACCCGCAUUCCGCUGGCUCCUUGAAACCGCAAAAUCCCUCGCCACCGGGACGUCGGGCAACCGUACUGGAGCCUCUCACGGAUAUAAACGGCAGUUAUCAUCUGGGUACCUCCGGCAA